AACAUAAUUAUUUAUUGGUUAAGUGUGCUCAAAUGGCAGCACAUCAGAUCAUAAGAAGUCUGUACACUGCUCAAUGGUGUCUCUUAGCUCGAGUGCCACGACGCGCUAAUCCCGGCCUGGGCUAUCAACUGCAGCAGCUCCAGCAGCCUAGUGUCGAGGAUGCUAGUGAGGAUUAUGCCGAUAUGGAGGCGGAUUUCAUGUCCGCCCAUCGCACACAUCAGCAGCACGAGGCACAGCAGCAACAGCAACGCGAUCGUGUGCGACAAUUUAUGAUCAAGCACAAAUACUUUCGCAAUGCUAAAUUGCCCAAUUUGUUGUUGUACGCGGAGAAGGAGCAAAUGCGUCUGCUCCACGAACGCGAUGCGGAUGAAUGGAGUGUGGAGCGAUUGGCGGAGAGUUUUCCGGCCACAGCGGACAUUGUGCAGAAGGUGUUGCGCUCCAGGUGGCGGCCACAAAGUGUGGAACGCAUACGCAAUCAUGAUGCCAGCGUUAUGAGGAACUGGACACAGUUGCGUGCUGGAAAAUGUGCCGAUGUGCCGCCCGAGUUGAUGCAGCAUUUACAGAAAUUUGCCCAACGCCAACGAGGAGACUUGCAACAAUUAAGGCCAGAGCAGUGGCCGACACGACCAGAACUACCGGUGCCGCAGCGAAAUGAAUUCCGAGCGUUGCUGGGCAAAGAGGGCAACAAGCAGCUGGAAUCGGGCAACUCAACACAGCGAUUAACGGCUCGGUUUAUGCCGCCUGCGGCGGGCGAGGAAGAAACCUAUUUACUGGACAAGGUGGUAGACAAGCGUAAAAUGCGCCUGCAGGAGUUAAAGGCAUUGCAAGUGUUGCCCAAGCAAAAGGAGCAGCAGCUGGAGCGACCAUUGCCCAAUCCCAAUGGCACUGGUCCACUGCCCAGUUUUGUGGAGAAAUUCGAGCGAACUGAAAUUGUUGUUAGCGUUGCGGAUCAGCGGAAAUACGAGAUGAGCAAAGUGAAGGAUCGUAUUGUUAUACCACGCAAACUAUAUCAGCAAGGAGCCACCUAUCGCGUGGAUGAUGCCUACUACGAUGACGAUGGAGAGCUGCUGUAUCGCGUGCCCGGCAUGACUGGCGGACAGCGGUUUCACAAAGAUUAAGAGGCAAUCGAAGCUAGUCUAAAUGUUAAAAAUAAAAAUAAAUCUAUCUUUACAAAUUGA